CCAGCCUUCCUUUCUUGAGCUUUUGUUUCUCUUUAGACUCUCUCUCUCUCUCUCCACUGCAUGGAGUUGGAAACAAACUUGAAAGAAUUAGAUAAUUUUCCUUUCCUUUCAAGCCUUUUCUCUGAUUCUUCAACCCCUAUGAAAUUGAAACCAGAGCAUCCUUCCAACACCAACAAUGGGAUUAAUUCCCAACACCCACAACUCUCUUCUUCUUCCUCACCACCACCCAAUUGCAAGCCUUUGUUUUCUUCCCUGGUUCCUCAUUUUGAUCCUCAUCAUCAGCAUCUUCAUCUUCAUCAUCACCAUCAUCAUCAACCGCUUCACGGGUCCCAUUUGAAUCUGAAUUCUCAUUCUCAUGAUGACUUCAAAACCAGUUCUGAUCAUAUCAAUCAUUUCUCUACCAUUGAGGGGUCUUCAUCAAACCCCUUCAGUGGGAUUUAUUACAACACAAAUCCUCAUGAUUUUGUGGCUGUUCCUCUAGCACCUGAUGGUAUCGCCUUUCAUGGUGCUAGGGGGUCCUACUGGGGUGCUCAUCAUCAUCAUCAUCAUCUGGAUGCUCAGGAAAUUCCAGAUGACCAGGCGCAGAUGGGCCCACAAAGCUGCAUACAGCUUCCGCCGUUGAUCAAUUUUGGAGACUUCGGAUCAUCAUCGGCUAUGGCCAUAAGUUUGCCUUCCGAUGAGGUCACAUGCAAUAGCAGCAGCAGCACAGAGAUUGAGUUUUGCAAGAGACUCUCAGCUGUUGAUCAGAAGAAGACCAGGAGGUUGUGUAUGAGAAGACCCACCAGUAGUAAGGUACUGCAAAAGAAACCCUCCAUCAUCAAAGGCCAAUGGACCCCUCAAGAAGACAGACUUUUGGUGCAAUUGGUUGGGAGGUUUGGCAUUAAGAAGUGGUCUCAAAUUGCUAAGAUGCUGAGUGGGAGAGUGGGAAAGCAAUGUAGAGAAAGAUGGCACAACCAUCUGCGGCCUGACAUUAGGAAAGAUAUGUGGAGCGAAGAAGAAGACAAAAUACUAAUCGAAACCCAUAAGCAAAUCGGGAACAAAUGGGCGGAAAUCGCGAAGAGGCUGCCGGGGAGGACUGAAAACACAAUCAAGAAUCAUUGGAACGCAACAAAGAGAAAGCAAAACUCAAAGAAGAAAACCAACAAAGACCCCAAAAACAACAUUAAUCCCCCCGAGAGCUCUCUCUUGCAGGAUUACAUCAGGAGCGUUGUCUCUUCUUCUUCUUCUUUUUCUUCUUCUUCUCAGAUGGGUGGUUCUGUUUCUAAUUUGUUCAAUUUUGAAAGUUAUGGGUUUGGUGGAUCUUUCUUGGUUGACCAGGUAACCGAGGUUGAGGAAUAUCGGGGCAGCAGCAUGGAGGCUGAGAUGCCGUUGGCGUUGGAGAUGCAGGGCCCUGAUGAUGACCAUGUCAAAAAGGAGAUGGAUUUGCUCGAGAUGAUUUGCCAAGGAAAGCUUUAG